AACAUUUUCUUUUCUGUGUAGAAGCACUCCAACUAUUUCUAUUUGCUACAUUGGAAAGUAGCUGAGAUGUCUAGCAAGUACAAUCUGAAGUGGAAUUCUCAUCAUGUGGAGACCUUCCGGAGCUUUGAGACUCUUCGUCAUCGGGAGAUGUUUGUUGAUGUUACGCUUUCUUGCAAUGACCAGUUCUUAAAGGCUCACAAGUUGGUGCUCUGUGCUGGCAGUGGGUAUUUUGAAAGGAUACUCAACCGGGAUGCAUCUGGAUCUCCACUGAUCCACUUCUAUGGAAUUGACAUGCAUCUCCUAAAACUACUGGUUGAAUUUAUGUAUAAUGGAGAGGUGGAAGUCCCAUCUCUGGACCUUGAGAAGUUCAUAGAAGUUGCAGAACAUUUAGAAGUGAAAGGCUUAAAAGGUGAUAAGUCUAAAGGUAGUUCUGUGUCACAUGGAAUGGGUGGAACCACAAUACCUGUAGCAGGAGUGGAGGAUGCAUUGGCUCACAAGCGCAAAAGUUCUGCUCGACCUUGGCAGGACUAUGAUGAGCCUUUGGCGCCACCUGUCAAACUUGCAAGACCUCUUGUACAUCCAGCAAGGCAGCAGUGGGUUGGACAUGCUCCCUCUCACCAGCGUGUCAAGCCUAUUAAUGUGCCUUCGCCAUCCCAAGUUGGACUGGCUGAACCCCAACCAGGUCCUAGUUCAGUUGAGGAUGUGGUAAAGCAGGAGAAUGAGGAUGAGGAAGAGGAAGUAACGGAGGUUCAGGAGGAUAUGGCAGAAAACAGUGUGGGAGCUUCAGCAUCAAUUGAUGAAGGUCAAUGGGAUGAGCAGUCACAGAGUUCAUACUAUGCUGAAGGUGCUGAAGGAGAGCCUGAGAUGCCCUUGAACAUCCCUGCAGAAGUUGAUCCUCAGUGCUUGAGUAUGUGUGUAGACACUGUUCCAGUUUGUGCAACCCCUGAAACUUCUUGUGUAGUUGUUGAACUUGGAUUUCCUGCCUGGGUGGUGAUACCAUUUCCUUGA